AUGGCGUCCUCCAAAUCAUCAACUCUGAAGCUGCUAAUGCAAAGUGGUCAUCGACAAGGUGAAACCCUAGAAUUCAACUCCAAAGUUCGAAUUGGGCGAGUCGUAAAAGGCAACAAACUGACUAUCAAAGAUCCCGGAAUUUCCUCCAAUCAUCUCGUCAUCGAAUUCAACAAAGAAUCUGGAAUCUGGGAAAUCAAAGACCUCGAUUCUUCAAAUAGUACUAUCUUGAACUCCUCUCAACUCAAACCCCUUUCCCCUUUUGAAAUUCGUAAUGGGGAUGUGAUUAAAAUUGGCGAGCUUACCUCAAUUAGGGUUGAAAUUGUCCCAAUUGAAGAGGAAACCAACAAUCGUAGAAUUAUUAGAAAUAGAAAAGCUGCAAUUGAUUUGGGAAGUAUUAAGGGUUCCAAGUUGGAAAUUGGGGAUUUGAAGGUUGAUGCGAAGAAAGAGGAUGAAGAUGAGUGUGGGGUUAUGAGGAAGAAGAACACUAGGAGGAGAGGAGAGGUUGAAUUUCUGGGUUUAGAACAAGUUAUUCAGCCCAGGAGGACUAGGCGUGCUAAUAAUGCUGACGGUGUAAUACCACCCAUUUCUGUGGUGGAGGAAGUUGUGGAAGACAAGGGUUUUGGUAUGGAUGAUUGCAAACCCACACGAGGUGGUCGUGGUCGUGGUCGUGGGCGUGGGCGUGGGCGUGGACGUGGGAGGAUAAAGAAACAUAGUAUUAGGAGUGUAGAUGAUGUCCUGGAUGCUUUUCCAGAGGCAUUAGAAAAGGAAGUUCCUUGUGAAAAUUGGAUGGAUGAUAAAACAAAGGUGGAGGUUUCUGAACAAGAGGGAGGUGCGCCGUCUUUGAAAGGGCAGAAUUCUGCUGAACCGAUGGAUGAGACUAUUCAGCAGGAAAAUGGUUAA